ACGAAGUCUAUCUCGGAGCUUCCCUUCUCAUUGAAGUAUUCUCAUCACUAGAGAAAGACUGGAAUCAUAGCUGGGAGACAGGACUUUAUCACUCAUGAGCGUUACUGGACCUAGUCCUCCUAUCGAACCGGAUAAUUCGGAGCUGACAUCCUGGGUCAAGAACGAUAACCCCAAACACCUAUCGUUUCCGGUUCACGGUAGACACGUAGUCACCUGCUUGCUUAUUACUUCUCGUGGUAGAGUCGUAUCAGCUGGAGAUGAUGCUGAGAUAUACGUUUAUUCGUUGUCGACCGGUAAACAGAUACAUUCAUUGAAAGGACAUGAAGGCGGCGUGUGGACGGUGAAAGCGUAUAAAGAGACGCUCGUGUCUGGGUCGACUGAUAAGACUGUACGAGUAUGGGACUUGAAGACGGGAAACUGUAUGCAUGUUUUUGGUGGACAUACGAAUACUGUUAGGUGUUUGGAGGUUGUCAGGCCUGAAGAGGUUGAUUGGACGGAUGAGGAUGGGGUUAGGCGCCGUGAAUGUUGGCCAAAAGAGCCUCUGAUCGUAUCUGGAAGUCGGGAUUAUACUUUGCGUGUAUGGACACUCCCGAAGCGUGGUGAAGCGGAAUAUCGAUGCAGUAAGACAAAGGAUCUUUCUGACGAAGAUACCACAAAAAAUCCGUAUUAUAGAUUUGUGCUCGAAGGGCAUGAACAUGCUGUUCGGGCCUUGGAUGCACGAGGGCGUAUAGCCGUAUCAGGUAGUUAUGACAAUACCGUUUGUAUAUGGGAUAUCAUAACGGGCAAAUGUAAAUGGGUGCUCGCAGGGCAUACGCAAAAAGUUUACUCUGCUGUCUUGGAUCUGGAGCGCGACCAAGUUUAUUCAGGAUCAUUGGAUAGUACUGUGCGAAUAUGGAGCGUAACCACUGGAGAAUGCAUACAUACGCUCUUGGGGCACACGUCACUUGUUGGUCUCUUGGGUAUAUCGUCCUCAUACCUUGCUUCUGCGUCGGCAGACGCAACCGUACGCAUCUGGAACCCAGAAACCGGAGAGUUGCAGCACGUUCUACAAAGUAGUCAUAACGGCCCGAUUACCUGUUUCCAGCACGACGACUUCAAAGUACUUAGUGGGUCCGAUGGAUCAUUGAGGAUGUGGGAUGUUAAGACCGGUUCGUUCGUGAAGGAUUUGCUCAAUGUCAUUCAUGGUGUAUGGCAAGUUGCGUUUAAAGGGCGUUGGUGUGUUGCGGCGAGUAACCGUGCGGAUCACACUAUGCUAGAUAUCUGGGAUUUUAGCCGUACAGCUUUGGAGGGCGAGGAAUCUGGGGAUGUUGAGGAUAGUUUCUCGGUCAGUUCGGACGAAGAGGAUGAAACCGAGGACUGAAGUCACUCAGCGCUGCUGUAUUCACCACCUAAAAAUUUGACGUAGAGAUCUAGGGGUAUAUGUUGUAUACGGGUGUAGAAUACCUUUGCAUACAUGCAAGAAAAUUAUCACAGGAGCCAAAUGCAAGACAAAUGCAACCUCUCAUUCUCAAUCUUCCUUAAGAGGAUGGAGCGCUUCGGCCUUUCGGCGUUUCCAGACUUUCCGUUGGUACGCAAGAAUAAUAGGGAUGAACUCUCGCAUACCAAAUUCAGGCCAGUAACACGGAACGAAUUGUAUCUGGGUGUCUUCAGAUGCUUGCCAGAGCAUGUAGUCGCUUAGUCGUCGAACGCCACUUGUCCGAACGAGGAUGUCUAGAGGUGGGCUUCCUGAAAGUGUCGUCAUUAAGUUUGUGUCUAUUGAUUCCUCCGAGAUGGAGUCGAUGUCUCCACCGUUUUCUAAUGUGUACUUGACAGUUUUCUUCAUAGCAGUGGUCAUUUCGUCACUGGAAGCGUAUGGCAUGCAGAGAUUAAGUAUGGCUUUAUUAUUGUGCCUCGUCAAGCUCUCUGCUUUACGAACGGCUUUCAGAACGUCUGGAGGUAGCAUGGACUUCUGUCCAAGUACACAAAGUCGGACACCGUACUUGUCGAGUAAGUUCCCUUUCUCACAUAGCUCGUAAAGUUUAUCCCUUGCGAGAUCCAUGAGCGCAUCCACCUCUUCUGGAGGACGUUUAAAGUUCUCGAUAGCGAAGGCAUACACAGAUACGCAUUUGAUAUUCAGAUAUAAGCAUACUUCCAAGAGCUGCCGCAACGUCUGGAAUCCAUCAGCAUGUCCACGAACUACUUCCAUGUGCCUUCCUCGCGCAUAGCGCCUAUUUCCGUCCAUUAUAAAUGCAACAUGACGAGGAAUAGGACCUGCUGAGAGGAUAGCUAGUGCUAUACGUUGUA